AUUCCCUGCCAAUUUUCCCAGUUUUUGUCUGUCAACUGUCAAAGAGCCUUGAAGCCCGUUAAAUUUUACAUUUGAGUUUGAAUUAGGCCACGUGAAAUACCCUAGUGUCCUUGUAUUCACUUUUAGAUUCCAAGAUGUCUGGAAUUGCUGCAAGUACGUCGAAUUAAUCAAAUUUUCCGCCAAAUUUUAUGCCACCAAACAAUUGAAAUAAUUAAAUUUGGUCAAACUUAUGCAUUCAAAAAGUUUGGAUAAAUUAUUCUGGAAUAAAUAAUCUGCGACAGGUUUGCCAACACAAGUCGAUUUUAGUCGAAUUCCCCUGCUAAUUUUCCCAGUUUUUGUCUGUCAACUGUCAGAGUGUACUGAAGCCCGUUAAACUUUACUUUAGAGUUUGAAUUAGGCCCCAUUAAAUACCCCAGUGCCCUUUAGACAUGUCUGGAAUUGCUCCCGCCCGACUUGCCGAAGAACGAAAAGCUUGGCGCAAAGAACACCCUUUUGGGUUUGUAGCCCGACCUUCAAAAAACCCGGAUGGUUCUCUAAAUUUAAUGAAUUGGGAAUGCUCAAUUCCUGGUAAAAAAGGGACGCCAUGGGAGGGUGGAAACUACAAAUUACGCAUGUUGUUUAAAGAUGAGUACCCCAGCAUCCCCCCAAAGUGUAAAUUUGAGCCGCCUUUGUUCCACCCAAACGUGUACCCCUCAGGAACGGUGUGUUUGUCGCUGCUAGAUGAGGAAAAAGACUGGCGACCGGCGAUCACCAUUAAGCAGAUUUUGCUCGGAAUUCAGGAUUUGUUGAAUGAACCUAAUGUUAAAGAUCCAGCACAAGCGGAGGCCUAUACAAUCUAUUGUCAAAACCGUUUGGAAUAUGAGAAGAGGGUGAGAGCUCAAGCCAGAGCUAUGAGCCAACAGGAGUGGUAGGGUUGUCGCAGUAAUUUUCACAUGUGUAUUGUUUCAUCAUAUCUCCCAACAUCUGAUUAAAGUUAUUUAUGUUCACUUAACUUUUUUGAUAAGAUAGAGUUAGGGUGUCAUGUAUAGGUAAAGCAUUUUUAAAUAAACAUUUUAUUUCUUAAA